GCUUGUUCGGCGGCGCGCAUGCGCGUCGGCUCAGCCACGACCGAAGCGAAAGCUUCCUGUUUGGCGUCGUUUGCUUUGAAACAAUCCGACACAAAAGAAAAAGAGUCAAGUCUAAAUUGACCUUCCAGCAUAAACUGCACCAAAGUUUGCGUUUGAAAUGAGCUGCGCCGAUUGCUGUGGACGAUUUGACGCGCUUGAGUGACGACCCAAAGGAGCGCAGGAGGAAGCGAUGUGGUGGUUCCAGCAGGGCCUGAGCUUCCUGCCCGCCCUCCUGGCGGUCUGGACGGCGGCGGCCUUCGUCUUGGCCUACGUCACGGCGGUGGUCCUGAGGCACGUGGACCCUCUGGUGCCCUACAUCAGCGACACGGGAACGAUGGCACCGGAGAGGUGCGUGUUUGGCAUCAUGCUGGAUGUGUCGGCCUUUUUAGGCAUGGCCACCGUGUACGUGCGCUACAAACAAGUGGAGGCGCUGACGGGCGCCGACGACGCCGACGGCGGCCGGAGCGUCUCCAGACUGAACCGCUUGGGGCUGCUGCUGGGCCUCUUCAGCUCCAUGGGCAUGUGCGUGGUGGCCAACUUCCAAGUAAGUAGUUCUCAAGUCAAAGCAAAAACGUUGUGCGUCUCCAACGAGUCAGUCAUUCGUAUGCCGAGGCGCCGCCGUAUUCGUGCAUUUGCGUGUGCGCAGAAAACGACGCUGUUCCGGGUUCACCUGCUGGGCGCCGUGCUGACGUUGGGCGUGGGCGCUGUGUACAUCCUGGCGCAGACGCUGCUGUCGCACCGCAUGCAGCCCCGCGUGCACAGCAGGAGGGUCUUCCACGUCCGCCUCGCCCUGGCGCUCUGGACCCUCGCGAGCAUCGUCGGCAUGUUCGUGUCGUCCGUCGUCAUGUACAGCAGCCUGCCCGGAGUGGACGUCGCCCGCAAGCUGCACUGGACGCCCGGAGAGACGGGCUACACGGCUCACAUCGUCAGCACGCUGUGCGAGUGGUCGCUGGCGUUUUCCUUCAUCAGCUUCUUCUUGACGUUCAUACGAGACUUCCAGAAAAUUAAGCUCCGAGCCGAAGCGGACGUGCAGUGCCGCCACCUGUACGACCGGCCGCCCCGGAGCCUCGCCGCCGCCGCCGCAGCGUCCGAGUCGUCGCCGCUGCUGCCGGGAGACACGUAACCCCGACGAGUACCCAAAAGGAACCCCACCACUAACACGACUUUUACAAGCACUUUUUCCACUUUUUGUACUGUUUUAUAACACCACCUACAAAAAUAAUUUGUUGGCCAGCGAGCGAUAAGUCGGAACCGCUCAGGAAGUCGGCGAAGUGGGCCUUCACUUUCCGACAAAAAUUGUCUGUAGGAAAUAAUGGGAAUGCAAAAAUAAUCUGCAUGCUGCAUGACAAAGUAAAAUCUAAUUAAUGUACUCACCCUUUGAGGACACUUGGGGAAAUGAUUUUGUCGUUUGGUGGUUAACUACUUAUGGUCUUCGUCAUAACAAAAUCAAAAUAAAAAUUGUUGGAAUAAAUCGACUAGAUGCUCACUGAGCUGAAGUCUCACCGGAUUGGCGGGUGUCAAAAGUGA